CCGAGGUGUGCAAGCGGGACGGCGUCGAGCGGGACGAGAAGGACGCCGUGGACCGGGUGGUGGGUUUGGGCAGCUCCAGCGCCGGGCGGGUGAUGCUCUCCAAGGAGGACAAGGAGGCGGCCAAGAUGGGGCUCUCCGUCUUCACGGGGCGGGAACGCAGAGCCGGGCCGUGGCAGAGACCCGCGAGAGCGCCCGUGCCGGGGGCGCAGAGCUCGGCUGGGGUCGGGGACAAGGAGGCGGCCAAGAUGGGGCUCUCCGUCUUCACGCACCAGAAAGUCUCCAGCAGCCCCGAGGCCUCCGGCGCCAGGAAGAAGCAGGAGAAGGAGGAGAAGGUGGAGGAGCACCGACCCGAGGGUGGCAAAAAAUCCAAAAAGGAGAAAAAGAAGAAAAAAAAGAAGAAACAGAAGAAGGAGAAGAAGAAGGACAAGCACCACAAGAGGGACGCUGCCCCCUCGUCCUCCGAUUCCUCUCCGGCCCGGGAUCAGAG